UGCGCAUCAAAAGGCGGAUGUGAGACUUAAACAUGGCAACAAAUCACAUAACUAAAGGAAGUGGAGCUCAUACGCACUAAAUGUUUGUGUUUUAUGUAACUCGUAGGACUUAAGAAGAAAUACAUUUUUGUUUGUUGUUAUUUGGCUCAGAAGAAGAGGUUAACCCGUCACGGUGAAUAUGGAGCUGUAAGUUUGGUCUGAAUCCUCAGAAGUCGAGCCCUUCCCAGGGCCCUUUGGGGCCCAGGAAGAGGAUGCAUCGUGGUGGGGAUAAGGACUUCCAGAUAUCAGCAAGAAAGAUGGGCACGUCCUUGCUCUUCCAGCUGUCGGCUCAUGAACGAGAGCUGGAUUUGGUUUUUCUGGACCACAGCUAUGCCAAGCCAUGGAAUGCUCACCCUGAUGCCAGUAGCGCCCGGCCCACGAGGACACUGUUUGUCACCCCUCGUCGCCAGCCUGAACCCUUGUCAGAUUCUGAUCCUUUAAUAGACGUGGAGACAGUCACACCUAUACCUGUUCCUCUAUAUGAUAAUCACAAAGCUCUUAGUGUGAUGAAGGAGUGUGAACGGCAUGUCCUGUUUGCUCGCACUGUUGCUGAUAGUCCCCCACCCCCCGAUGACUGGGAGGAACAUAUAAACAAAACUGGAUGGUCAGUGGCUCAGAACAAAUUGUUCAAUAAAGUCCUUAAAGCUCUGCAAGCUGAAAGACUAGCCCGCCUGGCCAAUGAACAUGCUUCCAAUGAGCCAAUUUUGCGGAGGAUAGCUGUGGACAAGUGUGCCAGAAAGGUGCGGCAUGCACUAGCAAGUGUGAACUGGGACACCAAACUGACACAGUGGUUACACACCACCAUGAUUGAAUCCCUGAGUCUCGCCAUGCUCGCUGCUUACCUGGAUGUGCUGCAGACUCUCAAAAGCAAGUUGCCCUCACUGAUUGACAGAAUGUUGCUAACAACAUCCGCAAAGACUGGUGCUCCAAGUGCAGAGGCCCUGUCACUGUUACUGAAACGUCCCUGGGACCCAGCUGUUGGAGUUCUGUCUCAAAACAAACCGAGCAAGCUUCCUGGAUCCCCACUCAUCCUAAUUGCACCAUCAAGUCCAACUAAUCCUGCCCUAUCCACCUCGCGGCGAAUGAGAUUCUGGCAGUCGCAGCUCUCCUGUUUGGGAAAGGUCAUCCCAGUCCACACUCAUGUGAACAGUGGAGCCAAUAUUGGCAUAACUCAGUGUCUGGAACACAUGUUGGGCACCGUCAGAGCCAAGGUCAUGGAGGUUCACAGUCACUUCCCUCACAAACCUAUCAUCUUGGUUGGCUGGAACGCUGGUGCUCUCAUUGCUUGUCAUGUAUCCCUCAUGGAGUAUCUGACAGCUGUGGUGUGUCUCGGCUUCCCCCUGCUAACAGUCAACGGGCCAAGAGGGGAUGUGGAUGACCCACUGCUGGACAUGAAGACUCCAGUGUUGUUUGUGGUUGGCCAGAAUGCUCUGCAGUGCAGCAUCGAAGGCAUGGAAGAGUUCAGAGAGAAACUGAGGGCAGACAACAGCAUGGUGGUGGUGGGAGGAGCUGACGACAACCUCAGAAUCAACUCAGCAAAGAUGAAAUCAGAGGGACUGACACAGACCAUUGUGGAUCGCUGCAUUCAGGAUGAGAUUGCUGACUUCUUGUCAGGAGUCCUUACACGGGCAGAGGGCCAUGGCCAUGGCUCAGGGGAGAUGAGGGACCUGGACACAGAGAAGAAGAAGAGGCCUCGGCGGGAGUUUCCCUUUGACAUGGAGAGAGGACGACCUUCCUCCCCUGCGCUUAGAGUCCCCAUCUCACCAUCAGGCUCAGAGGAUCUGUCUAGUGUCUGCAGCAGUCCCACUUCAAGCCCCAAACCCAAGACGUCUGGCCUGUCUCCAGCUCAGAAGUCCAGUCUGAUCACAGCAACACAACUCCUCAAGACACACAUGCAGCGCUCCGGCACGGUGCUCACACACAAGCAGGCCCAAGCUCAGUUUGCUGCUUUUAUGAAACAAAACAUGCUUGUGAGGAAAAAUCUUCCUCCUGGCACCCCUCCUUGUAUUUUUGUGCCAGUGCCCAGUGAUCAGAUGGAGGGCCUGGACAGAGAUGAACUGCGGUCCCAUGGAAAGAGGAGGCAGACACCCAGUCCCACGCCAAGCAAAGCCUCCAAGAGAGCCAAGAUCAAGGUCACCAUUGUUUCCCAAAGCGAAUCAGCAGGGGGCGCCAUCAGCCCCGCUACACAGGAAGUGGGUGUCUCUGGGAAGCCCCUAACAGUGACCGUGGGACAGACUGUGCCUGGAGCCAAGGAGCUCUCUGGACUUCUAACAGGCCAGCGGUCUGGUAGUCUCUCAGAGGUGUCUGGUGCCCUGUCCCCAGGCUCAAGCUCAUUCAACAGCGUGCAGCCUUGCAUGGUGUCAGGGUCCUCCACACCAGUCCAGGCGCAAGCUCCGGCUACUGCCCAAGCGCCUUCCGCCAGCAGUCUGCUACAAGGCCUAAGUUUCAGUCUUCAGGAGAUCGUCACCAAAGCUCCUAGUUUGCCCUCCACAGCAGCCAACACAGGCAGCGCACAGGCGGUUUGUGGCCAGGGUCAAGUCCUGACCUCCGUCGGUACCAGCAGCAGCACUUUGCUCCGGGCGGUGCCUGUGGUCACCACUGGAGGAGUGGCUAAAACCACCGCCAUCCACCAACUGCUCACCAAUGGCGGGCUGGCCAAACUUGCCAGCAGCUUGCCCGGCUUGGCGCACAUCACCAACCAGACCGCUGUAGGGCAGAAAGCCCCCACUUCUAUAACAGUGACCCUUCGAGGAGCCCAGCCGAGCAGAGUGGGUUCAUUCAGCCAAGCUGCAGUGAAAAUCUCAGACCAAGAUUUUCAUUUGGCGACACACCUGAUCCAACUAGCUGCUGUGCCAGGGGCAGCUGGGAACCACAGCCUGCUGAUGAGACUGAUCCCUCCCUGCAAUGAUGAACACACCACCACACAACACGCAGAGCACCUGCCUCGCAUCCUCCAGAGGGCUCCCCUGUCAUGCUGGUUGCACAAGGCCUCUGCAGUCGCUGUCGGCUGUGGCUGAGGCACCGUGAUGCUUUAACGUUUCUGCCCUCUUCUUACACCUUUGAAUUCAGUGAGCAAAGUCUGACAGCAAGCUGUCCAACACAAUCACACAUCAUCCUCUGGGGAGAACAACACUGUGUUAUGUGAGGAUAAACUGCAACCUGUGACAAUACAACUGUGCUGCCCUACAAGAGGACAGCUGUGCCUACAUCUCUACUAAAAUAAGAUAGAAACCUUUAGCUUCUUCUGUGUGCACAUUAAGGUUAAAUCCUUUUCAUUUAGCAUAGGCCUAGAUAAGUAUGAUUAGCAGCUUGUGUGUAGAGCAUUUUUGUGCAAUAACUACAUUUAAAUGGCUUUAAUAUUCUUUAUCACAGUAAUUAUAUCCAUAUCAUGACAGUAAUUAAUGAUAAUUGCUUUUUCUUUCUUAUUUUUCUAUCUAUAACAGGCCUCAAAUAUGUUAGAGUAAGAACUAAAUUACAGAGGUGAUUGCAGAAGCAGUAUAUUGUUAAAACUGCCUGGCGUUGAUUGUGCACCAGUGUAGUGCUGUCGUUGAAUAAUAUGCACUAUGCUCUCCAAAAGCUGCAGUACAUGAACAGGGCAUGUCUGUCAGUAUAUGAUCAACACUGCUUGUGUCCUGUAUAACCACAUGUUCCAUGAUCUAAACUGAAGGCAAUAUUUUUAAUCUGCACUGUGUCAUCCCUUCAACACUGUAUAUGGACUUUUUGUUUGAAACCGCCACAGUAAACAAAAAGCCUGAAGACA